GCUUUUAUAAAGCGCCUGUUUGGCCCCCUUCCCUCCGUCAGAGAGGCUUAAAUGUCCAUUGGACAAUCUGUCUAUCCCCAUCUCUACUUCAGAUUCCCCCUUUCACGUUGAUGCCCACAUCCUCUUGACAACUCAUCCCACCUGAGAUCUCCAGCCACACUCCCACCUUAUCUCACACCUAUGUCUGUGCGACAGGUGGAGAGAGGUGGCAAGCUAGCGUAGCUGAGUUGACUUAAUCAACCCAGUACCCGCUUUGGUAAAGAUCUACUGAGAGGAUUCUUGUUCUGUCAAGGUAACUGACAACAAAAAAGGGAACUCAUUUUUGUUUUUUUUUGCCAUUUGAAGAGGACUACAAAAAGGUAAACGCUUACCUUUUCCAGACUCACCCAGAUUUAUUAAGAAAAAAAAAAUCUUCAUCUGGUGGGGAGCUUCAAGUGAACAGUCAUGAUGUGGGAGUUCCGGUCUAUGAAUUUUUGGCGGGCAGUCUUUGCAGAGUUUUUCGGGACCAUGUUCUUCGUAUUUUUCGGCAUGGGUGCGGCCCUGCGCUGGACCACUGGGCCACAUCAUGUUCUCCAUGUGGCCCUGUGUUUCGGGCUGGCAGCUGCCACCCUCAUCCAGUCCAUCGGCCACAUCAGCGGUGGCCACAUCAACCCUGCUGUCACUUUUGCCUACCUUGUUGGCUCACAGAUGUCUUUUUUCCGCGCCAUUUUCUACAUUUUUGCCCAAUGCCUGGGUGCCGUAGCUGGGGCUGCUGUGCUGUACGGGGUCACACCCGGCAACAUGAGAGGCAACAUGGCAAUGAACAUGCUGCAGCCUGGCAUCAGCCUGGGGAUGGCCACCACUGUGGAGGUUUUCCUCACCAUGCAACUCGUUGUCUGCAUUUUCGCCGUGACGGAUGAGAGAAGAAACGGUCGUCUGGGAUCUGCUGCCCUCUCCAUUGGCUUUUCUGUCACCAUUGGACAUCUCAUGGGGAUGUACUAUACUGGCGCUGGAAUGAACCCUGCCAGGUCCUUUGCCCCGGCCGUGCUCUUCAGAAACUUUAUCAACCACUGGGUGUACUGGGUGGGGCCUAUGAUAGGAGGUGCCAUGGGUGCCCUCCUGUACGACUUCAUGCUGUUCCCUCGCAUGAGGGGUCUGUCUGAGCGCCUGGCCACACUGAAGGGCAGUCGGCCCCCAGAGAGUGAGACCCAGCAGGAAACCCGUGGGGAGCCCAUCGAGCUCAAGACGCAAGCCCUAUAAACCUGCCCCAGCUCUCUGCUCUGACUGGGGCCGAAAGAUGAGGGACAAGGCCCCGAACUACGCCGACCCCACCUCAGCUGCCCUUUCUCCAUGCCUUCAUACAUCAUCACACCAACUUAACCCAGAUAGUCACACGUAGACUAAAACUUAACUAAAUUCUUUGGGUCUUUAAGGUUCACCACCUUCAACCUCAAAAACAGCAAGACUCCUCUGUCCCCCACAGUCCUAAUUUUGUAAUCCUAACUGGACACUGUGUCUUUUGUGUUCUCUUUUUCAUAAAUGGUGACCAAAGCCUGAACCAAUAGCCGUCUCAUGUCUCCCUCCUUGCCUGCUUCCUCCUCCAAGCUAAGCAGAAGUGAGUGGAAACCCUUAAAUCAAGCUUAAGAGACAGGGGAGAGGGUGUUAGAAAGGAGGUGUUAGGGUGGGGUAGACUAUGGGUGAGGGUGAGGCAGAGAUGUGGGUAUGACUAGCAAAGGUUAAGAGGGUAUAAACGGGUGGAGUGGAGGGGUGGGGAUGGGGUUUGGGUGUGAUAGAGAGGGCAACACUGGGCUUGUGGUCUUUUUAAGUUGGGUUAGACCUGUGAAGAUGGGCAUGCUUUUCAUUAUUCAUCUGAAUUUAUCUCAAGCUUUAGUUUUGUUUCCUGCACUUCAGACACAAGAUGUGGAUGUAUGAUACCAUUAGAUUUCACCAGGCUUUCAUUAUCUUCAAUCACUACAUUUUAUCUAUGGGUUUUGUGUUUGUGUGCAAGUUUGUGCGCUAGAGUGAGUGUGUGUGUGUGUGUGUGUGUGUGUGUGUGUGCGUGUGUGUGUGUGCGCGCGCGCCUGCCUGUAUGUGUGGGUGUGUUUGCCAGUGAGUGUAUAUGUGUGUAUGUGUGUGAUCAAGUUUGCAGAUACAGUACUUCUUAUUUUGUUUAAUUUCCAUGAACCAUGUUCAUUUUGUCAGCAAUUUUUAAGACAUGAUCAUUACUCCUCCCCUCACUGUGCUAUUUGCUAUGAUAUUCAUCUUUACAUAAACCACCUGCUUUUUUGUUCUGAUCCAGCGCAAUCCAAAGCUAAUGUUGUAUCCCAGACUUCAAUGGUAGGUCUGCAGAUCAGCUGUGCGAGCUUUACAUUGAGUCUCCUUUUAUUAUUUGAUCCUUAUUGAGAGCACAAGGUGUUUCAAUAAAACAUUCAAUGAUAAUAAACACAGAAAAACAUGAAAUAAGGGUUGGCUCUUUUUUGCUUUUCAUUUGUACAUUUCAUGGAUUCAAUGGGAAAAUUGGAAAAAAAGAACAGAGUUGUAAUUACUAUCUAUGGCCAGAAGAGGGCAAAAACAACCCAUGAAAGGCACAGAUGUCAGAGAGGAGAUG